AUGAAAGAAGAAGGAGUUGUGGGAAAAGUCUUCCCUCCUGGUGUAGCUGAAGAUGCUGCCCUAGAAAAUAUGGGUUAUCGUCCAGAGCUCAAGCGAUCAUUCGGUCUUUUGGGCAUGAUUGGCUUCUCCUUUUCCAUUGUUACGAGUUGGAGUGCCCUCGGUGGUGUGCUUGUCACAGGUGUCAAUGCUGGUGGUCCACCGGUGAUGAUUUGGGGCUGGGUAGGCAUCAGUCUUGUCUCCCUCUGCGUCGUCUAUUCCAUGGCAGAAAUGUGCUCUGAGUACCCCGUUGCCGGAGGUCAAUACUCAUGGGUCUACAUUCUCUCACCGAAAUCGGUGAGGAGACAAUUCUCCUAUCUUACGGGAUGGUUCAUGAUCAUCGGUAUUCUUGCCAUGGGCGCAACGAACAGUUUCAUCGGCGCAAAUUUUAUCCUGGGCCAAGCGAAUCUCGUUAAUCCAUCCUACGUAAUUGAGCGGUGGCACACGGUCUUGGUAGCCUGGGUAGUGACUCUCAUUGCAACGUUCAUCAAUCUAUGGGGAUCGAAGAUUCUUGACAAAGUAUCUACGGUUGCGCUUUUCUUCAACAUUGCGUCGUUCAUCGUGACGAUUGUCACUAUUUUGGCAUGCAAUACCAAUAAACAAAGUGCCAGUUUUGUCUUUCAAGACUUUCAGAAUUUUACUGGCUUCGGAACGGCUAUGGCUGGUAUUAUUGGAAUACUACAGCCGGCGUUCGGCAUGUGUUGUUAUGAUGCGCCAUCUCACAUGACCGAGGAACUAAAAGAUGCUUCCAAAGAAGCUCCUCGCGCGAUGGUUCUCUCCGUCUACAUUGGAGCCAUCACAGGUUUCAUCUUCUUGAUCGCUGUUUGUUUUUGUGUUGAUGAUAUCGAUGCUGUUGCUAACACAUCUACUCUGGUUCCUCUGAUUCAAAUCUACGCCGAUUCAACCAACAGUCACAUCGCAGCAUGUUUCCUAGCAUCCAUGAUCGUAGUCAUCAACGUCGCAUCUUCCAACGCACUGCUUGCGGAAGGAAGUAGAAGUCUUUACGCAUUCGCUAGAGAUCAUGGACUUCCAUUUUCGAGCCAUAUCAGUAAAGUGAGCGCCAAGCAUCAAGUUCCCGUUGUGGCUAUCAUUAUUGGAACCAUAGUGCAAAUGGCAUUUAACAGCAUUUACUUUGGGACAGUAACAGGGUUUAAUACUGUAAUCGCCAUUGCGACAGAGGGGUUUUAUCUUUCAUACGCUAUGCCUCUUCUCGUGCGCAUAAUAUCUCAUAUCAAUGGAUCGCAUCGGCAACUUACAGGUCCAUGGGCAAUGAGACCAGUCGUCUCAUUACUGGUUAAUGGGGUUGGCCUGGCGUAUUUGCUUUUCGCAUGUAUUACUUUUAAUUUCCCAUCGGUGUAUCCGGUUACGAGCGAGAAUAUGAAUUAUACUUCAGCGGCUAUAGGUGUGAUUAUGAUGGUAGCGGCGGGAACUUGGGGGACGACUGCUCGAAAGAGGUUUUCCGGGCCAGAGAUUGAGGUUGUAGAUGUGGUGACGGGAGUGGAGAGGACAGAUUCGGAUGAGAUGAGUAGAAGGGAAAAGAGGGAGGAGAAGAAGAGUGGAUGA